AUGAAAUUCUCGGUUAAGGGCCUUACCCAAUCAAUUAUAGACAAGAAGGACGACUAUAAAGACAAUACUACUAUUGCAACCUUACCAGCCUUUGAACCUCACCCACCCCCUCCACAAAGUGACUACACUUUUUCCUACAGCAUGUCUAGCUUCGCAUAUGAAGGCCCCAAGAAGGAUCCAUUUAGUUGGACGGCCGCUACAAGGAAGCAUUCGAAAGAAAAAGGUUCCCAUUCUCGUAGUAGAACUGAUUAUGAUGAUGAUUGCUACGAUGACUCGAAUAAGUUAUCCGCAGAUGUCAAUGGUUCUUAUUCACGCCCUAGAACUGCUUACGAUUUCUAUGACAGCGUGAAAAAGAUAUCCACAGAUGGCGACAGUCCACGCCCUAGAACUACUUACGAUUACUUUGAGGACAUGUCGAAAAAGUUAUCCGCAGAUAUCGACAAUUCUCAUCUACGUUCUGGAACUAGUUAUGGUUUUCAUGACGAGUCAAAGAAGAUCUCUGCAGAGGGAUACAGAAAUACGGGCAUGGUAGUAGUAAAGGAUGUGUAUGUUGCACCUGAAAAGCCAUCCACCCGUCUUCCUGAAUCUGCAUACAAUCCAACAAAGACUUCAUCGAAAACGAAAUCCUACGGACCAUAUCCCUCAUUAGAUUCCUCCGACUUUUCUUAUUCUCCCUACCCCGAUCCCCAAACUUCUUACAAUAAUCCAUCAAUUAGCUCAACAGGAACAAGUGCAAUGCCUUUCCCAGUUCCUAACCCAAUUAUAGACCAUGACUACAACAUCGAGCCACCACCACCAUAUUCAGAGAUCGCAUUCUCCCAUAGCGGUGGAAACGGCAUCAGACAGGAACGUUACCCUGACGACACCAGGCAGGAACGUUAUCCUGAAGACAAGAAGGAUCGUUACGGUGACGAUACCAAGGGACGUAUCGGUGGCGAUACCAAGAAGGAACGUCGUCGGAGACCACGCCCUAUAACUGAAUUGAGAGAGUGUGAAAUAUGCUGUUCUGAGAAAGAAUUAACGGAAUUUAAACCAAUAACAGAAAAGUGCGCACAUGCCGCUUCUGUAUGUUUGCGUUGCAUCGAACUACACAUCAGACAUGAGGUGUACGACAAAGGAAAGACAGAAAUCAAGUGUCCUGGCCUUGAUGGAACGAAAACUUGUCAGGGAAUAAUGGAUCACCACAACUUAAAAGAGUUUGCUACUGACGAUGUAUUCAAAAGACUUGAUCAGCUCAAGACCACUUACGCUCUUGCUGCGAUACCUGAUUUCUACUGGUGUAAAAACCCCGACUGCCAAUCAGGACAAAUACACAGUGACGGAGAAGCAAUUGAGCCUCAACCAGCCCAACCUACUCUCACACGCAAACAGUUGGCAAAAAUAAAGAAACAGGAAGAGGAUAGACUAAGAAAGCUUGCCAAAGCUGAGCAGGCAACAAAGACAUUCCUCAGUAACAAGACAAAAUCGUGCCCCAAGUGUGGUACCCGCAUUCAAAAGAAUGGCGGAUGUGAUCACAUGACUUGCACUGUGCCCUCUUGCAAACACGAAUUCUGUUGGAAGUGUUUUGCAGACUAUAAGAAGAUUUUGCAGGAUGGAAAUGAGUUUCAUGAAACAUCAUGUAAAUACUAUGCUCCUCCUCCUCCUCCAAGUUAA